UCGUGGCCCAGCAGCUUGACAGCCAGCUCGGCUCAGCAAAACCACGGCCCCGAGCCAAAACCCUCGCCACCGUCUCCCUGUUCCUCCCGUCCGAGGCAGCCGCCCUCCCCCGCGCCGCCCCGUUGCUCCAGGAAACCGCCACCGCCGCACUCCCGUGCUCACCCUUCCUUCGCUGCACGUGCCCAUCGUCCAGCUCCUCCUCCGCUCCUGCCGGCCCGCGCCACGCCGCCAACCGCGCGCUCCUCCCGGUCCUCCCUCCACGCUGCCAGUGCCGCACUACUCCCGCCAUGCCGCCGACUCCCGCCUCAUCGAAGAAGGCAGCGAGAAGCCGCGCUGGCGAAGAGGCGAAGCGAUCUGCAUUAGUAAAUAGCAAGGAGUCUGGAGAACCUGAUUUGCAGGAGAACACAAACCCCAUUCAUCAAGGAAGAGAAAAGAAAAAAGAAAGUUCAAAGAAAAAAGAAAGAGCAAAGAAGAGGUCAUCAUCUGUUUUGGAUUCAACUAAUGUUUCAGACAUAAUCAAUGAGCGAAAGUCAGAGUAUAAUCUUGACGAACCUACCAUGGAGGAAAAACUAGCAACUCUGAAUUUGAUCAAUGAAGAUAACAAAAGGAAUGAUACUGAAGAGCAAUCACUCUCUAUGGCGCCACCAAGUGCAGAUUCAGUCCAUAUUUUGCUGAAGCAAGCUCUGCGUGCUGAUGAUAACGUAUCAUUGCUAACUUGCUUGUACAAUAGAGAUGAAAAGGUUAUUUUGAAGUCUAUAUUGCUCCUAACACCAGCUGAUGUUGUGAAGCUUCUCAAGUUCUUUGUAUUGCAAAUACAAUCUAGGGGUGCAGUAUUGGUCUGUUUGCUCCCGUGGCUGCAAAGUUUACUUAGUCAACACAUGAGCAGCAUAGUGUCUCAGGAGUCUUCUCUCUCAUUGCUCAACUCACUCUACCAGCUUAUUGAUGCAAGAACUUCAACAUUCGAGUCAGCACUUCAACUCUCCACCACUCUAGAUUACCUUUUCAGCGAGAUUGCUGAUGAUGAAGCUGAUGAGGAGGAAGCAACUCCAACAAUAGUUUAUGAGGACAAGGACACUGAGGAGGAAGAGUCUGAAGUUGAUGCUAUGGAAACUGAUGGGGAGGCUGAAGAGCUUGGGGAUGUUACUGAUGCCUCUGAGCAUUCAGAUGGAAGUGAUAUCAUGAGCGACUGAUUGACUUCGACUCCCCAAGGACUGAGCUCUCAUAUGCCAAUCAUCCCGAUAAGAUGGAAUUCACAAAGCUCACAAUGUCUGCAACUUCUAGGAGGAUACACCUUGUCCUAGCAGGUUGAUGCAUCUGGAUUCACUUGUUAGGUUAGCGCACGGUAGAAACUUGGAGGAUAGUGUUGUAGGAAUCAAGUUUGGAUGAUAGUGUUGUAGGAAUCAAGUUUUGAUGGGGUGGUUGUGCUUGUACUUUGUGAAGCAUCAUAGCAUCUAUUGCUAAACUAAAUCAUAUAUUAUCUCGGUAAAAUUUUGUUUGCCAAGUGAGUGUUUUCCGUAAGCUUUUGGGUGCCAUUUUGAGCUCAGAAGGGAAGUGAAUGCAAUUGAUGAGAGAAA